CACAACACAGUGCUUCUGAAACUCACAAACAGCUGUUCACAUAUCAGUAAAUAAACCAUAAUUUUUUUUUUUAUAAAUAAAGUCCAAGAAGAGGAGAAACUACAAGCACCUGCACUCUGGUUCACGAUUUUAAAAAAAAUAUAUAAAUCAAACUAAGUUUACAAUGUAUACCGUGCCUGUGAUACCUCCCGAUCUACGUCAUGAAGAAACUAUCAUCCAAGCAGCCAUAGCCCUAGAUUGUCUACAGAAAACAAUAAAUUCCGUAUUUGACCGCAUAGACAGUCGAACUCAACGAAAUAAUGCCAAAGUAGAAGAAUUGAGCACACGUAUCGAACGGGCACAGGCGAAAAUACGCAGUUUGGUUGGUACCAAAAAGGCGAUUAAAAUCUACGCACCAGCACGUUUUCCAUCGGCCCAAGCUUUCCACGAUAUUCCACAAACAUUCACUAAAUUAACAAUGUCGGAUGAAAAAAUAAUGAGAUUGCCAAAUGAAAAUUAUGAAAUUUAUAGCCGCGUAGAUGCGGCACCAAAUCAAGGGCUGCAAGAAAAAUUAGUUUUCUUUCAUGUGCGUUAUAAGGAUUUGGAUGUACCAUUGCACUGUCAAACAGUCACCAGCAAUAAAGAAAAUGUAAACAAAAGCAUUGGUAUGGGUAUCGUGCCAGAAAAAUUACGUUCAAUUUCGUCAUUAUUACAAUGUAACAAUAAUGAAAUGGUUUAUGGCCAAGAAAAUGUUGAAAAGGACGCAUGGAAAAAAGCAAAAUUCUAUAAAAUGCCGCGUCAACGCCCAGAUAAUAACACAGAAGCCAAGCAACUCCUAGAACCUGCGCCGUACUCAUUAGCUCAUCGCAAUCAAAAAGUAAAUUCCUUUGGUGGCCUGCGUUAUACACCACGACUGAAUGAGGCUCCGGAAAUCGACUUGCCACUAGACUUACCUGAUUUGCCAGGCAUUGCAGACGAUAUACAUUUCGAAGGUAAAGAUCAGCAGCAAAUUGCGCCGUCACUAUUUAUUGAAAAUCUGCCAGAUUUGCCAGAGUUAGAAGAGGCAUCUACUAAAGAAGCGACAAGCGGUACGAAUCAAAAUGGAAAUAAUACUAUCAUGGACAUAGUGCCACCACCACCGCCACCAACAGCAACCGCAAUAAAUCAAAAGACGAUAAUUAAUGCCAACACUGUAGUAGCGGCGCCACCUCCACCGCCUCCUCCGCCACCACCACCACCCUCUUUGUUAACACCACCACAACCACAAACAAAGUCCGAAGAAAAAAGCGUCGAAAACGCUGCAAAUAAGAAUUUGCAAAAUGCAAAUAACGACAAUGCACGCAAUGAGCUAAUGGAUGCUAUACGCAAAGCAGGCGGCGCACAGGGUGGUCGUCUACGUGCUGCUGCUGCCGCGCCCGUUGAUGUUGUCGAUAAUCGUUCAAAUCUCAAAUCAGGUGAGACAAAUCUUAAACUAGGCAAAAGGGGGGGUGGAGAUCUCAUGGCAGAUUUACAUAACAAGUUAUUAAUGCGUCGCAAGGGUAUCUCUGGUGUGAAAGAAAAUACCAAUACUGCUGAAACAGCUGGAAGCAAGAGCAUAACAAUUGCAACUGAUAAUCCUGUUAUGUCACGCUUAUCAGCACUAAUACCACCACCACCAGCCGGACGUAAACACUCGGAUGAUGAUGACGAUACACACGAUGAGGACAAUGACACCGAUUGGGUAGAAUAGUUUUGGACAACAAGGUACAACAGUUACACGCGGCUCUCAAAUUAUUUGAUAGUAAGCGAAGUGUGAAUUUAAAUACACGCCUGUGCAUAGUUUCAGUUACAAAAAAAGCAAUGCACAAUCUUUUGAUCUAUAAUUUAGUAGCUUAUAAAUUUGAACGAGUUUUGGCAUAUCUUUA